AUGUCAACCAGAGCGCUCAAGAGGGCCAAAGAGCACAUAUACUUCAUCGAGGCACCUGCAGGGACCACUCGGGCGGGCAUCGAUGAGAACAAGGUUGCGUCGUCACUCGCAGUCCGCCCGUCUGGCGUACUGUGCCUGAACCCUGCGGACGUGAUCUUCCUGCCCCUUUGA